GACUUGUGCAGCAGGGAGCAGCAGGGAGCAGCAGCCAUCGAAAACCAACAUAGUGGCUGUUCUGUUUAGACUUUCUGUGCCUCAAAAACGUGAGGGGUGGGUGGCGAGCGGUUUUCGUUUUCAUCGUCCUGUUCUUUCAGGCGUUCUUGUGACCAAGUACACGGUCAAGGAACGAAAGCAAGUUUAGGCCUUAAUUUAGGCAUUAAUUUUUAUUUGCCGAAGAGUAUUGCUAAAAAUGUCUUCAGCGGUCUAUAAUCGCGACUGCUCUAAAUGUGCCCAAUCUAUUGAGGACAAGGACAACCCAAGGUUGCUGAUUCCUGAGCUCUGCAAACUCUUCUACCAGUUAGGCUGGGUGACAGGAACAGGAGGGGGUAUCAGUCUCAGGCAGGGAGAUCACAUCUACAUUGCCCCCUCAGGAGUGCAGAAGGAAAGGAUUCAGCCUGAGGACAUGUUCGUGUGCGACAUGGAGGAGAGGGACAUUAGCUGCCCCCCUCCCACGAAGAGCCUGAAGAAGAGCCAGUGCACCCCUCUCUUCAUGAACGCCUACACCAUGAGAGGGGCAGGGGCGGUGAUCCACACCCACUCCAAGGCAGCAGUGAUGGCAACAUUGCUGUUCCCUGGGAAGGAGUUCCGGAUCACCCACCAGGAAAUGAUCAAGGGCAUCCGGAAAGGUUCCUCGGGAACCAACUACAGAUACGAUGAGACCCUGGUGGUGCCCAUCAUCGAGAACACCCCCGAGGAGUGUGACCUGAAGGAGCGGAUGGCCCGUGCCAUGGAGGGGUACCCGGACUCCUGUGCGGUUUUGGUUCGCAGACACGGGGUGUACGUCUGGGGGGAGACCUGGGAAAAAGCCAAGACCAUGUGUGAGUGCUACGACUACCUCUUCGAUAUUGCUGUGCAGAUGAAACAGUGUGGCCUGAACCCUUCUCAGCUCCCCAUUGAAGAGAAAGGAAUCCUGUAAACUUUAUAGUCACAUGUGAUUGAUGGAAAAUGUGAAUGUUUGGUGAAAGGCACCAGUCCCCAAAAGACAUGGUCUCACUUUGCUUAAGCUUCUCUCUGGACAGAGAAGAUUGAUGGGAGCUGUGGACAGCCCCAGUGAACAGGCACUGGAUGAAAUGAUUAUUCUAAUUUUGGAGUAGUUUUCUGGGCCCAGUGAAGGAAAGGAAUCAUUCAUACGCAUGCAGACUUCUGCCAGGUUUUGUCUGUUUUUCUAUUUAAAUAGUAGCUCUCGCUUUGUUGUACUAUUGGAGAAACAGAGUGUUUCCCUGACCUGGAGUAUUUCUCCAUCUUUUGAGUCAGUCUAACUGAACUCUUCAUCAGUUAAGCUUAUUGAACACUUAAUUGAUUCAUUUUUAACCAGUUUCUGCACAAAGGAUCUUCUUUAUAAUUGAUUUUCCUCUGUUGUUUUCUAAACAGUUCUUAUGGUCUGUCACUCAAGUAAUGAUGAGCAGAGAUGGGAAUAAGUGUUCUUGGUGCUGCAUGUCCCCAUUAGUUAAAUAAAGACAAGUCAAAGAAGCAAAGCUAAAUAAGUGGACAGCUAAAACGUUUGUUUCUAACCAUCUACUAUGUAGGAACUGAGAGUUCAAUUUCGAGCUUAAUAAGCCAAAACCACAAUGUAAAUCCAUUCAUCUAUUUUCUGACCACUAUAUUAAAUACGGGGUCACAGGGGAGCCGUUGCCUAUCCUGACAAGCAAAGGGUACAAAGCAGUAUCCAUGCUGCACGGGAUGCUAGUUUAUCACAAUGGAAGCGCACGCACGCACGCACACACACACACACACACCAAACCAGUACUUGGUUUCCAGAAGCCAGAAAACAGAGGAACCAAUGAAAACCCAAGAGCCUGGAGGAAACCCGCUGGACCACGAGCGGGACAUACAAACCCCAUGCAGAAAGCACCCCAGGAGCUGAACCCAGGGCCCCAGCACUGCAAGGCAACAUUGCUCACCACUGUGCCUCUGUACUGCCUUCCCAGUGUUCAGCACGAAUGAAACAGAAACACAGGGAUAUCCCAGGAGCGGGAAACACCAGAAUAGCUUAGAGCUGUUCCUGGUGCAUACAGUCUGAUAACCCUAACAUGCUUUUAAUUCAAAACUGCUUGGUCUUUACCCUCUGAGCGCAUUGUAAUCUUAUUUAAUAUUACUUAUAUAAUAUUCGCCCCUUGUGGAGUUUCCACAUUAUUCUGACAUCUUGCUAUCUUCACACAUUUAAAGAAGCCAUGAUCUGCACAGUCCUACUCUAUCUAAACGAGAUAAAUACAAUUCAACAUAAGCACCCUAUUUGUUAAUGCAUUACUUAAGUUCAGGUGGAAAGGAGUAGUUUGAAAGGUAACAUACAAAACAAAGGUUUGACACUACAUAAGAAACAAUGGGAAGAGUUCAUUAAUUUGAAACAAAAUUGUAAUUCAUCAAAACGUGAUGUUAUGGCCAGCUGGUGAAUAUAACCGCAGCACACCAUAUGUUUAUAGUUUACGAUAGAUAACCUUCUUACCCCAAAGUUUUCUCAAAACACUUUGGUUGCUCAUUCAUGAAUCACUCAUUCACAAUUUCCAUUUCAAAUAUUCCAAAAUUCCUCAUAAUGUGUAGAGAACUAAAACGUAGGUAAACAAAUUGUUUCAGUGAGGUAACUGUUUAGAAAAUGCUAUUCUUAACACUGGUGAUAAACAAGUGCACAUCUCAAAACAAAAGCAUCUCAAACAUGAUUUGAGAUGUUUGUAAAGCAGCACCACAAGAAUAUAACUGGGGGUUCUUUAUUGGGUGUGGGUGUGAAUCAUCAAUCUUUACUGCAUGUUUGUUAAUGUUAAUCAAGAGUCUGGAUUAAGUUAAAGGGCUAGAGAGGUAAUCACUUGUCACCUCAUUAUGUAUUAGGCAUUCUAGCUCUUAGUAAAGGAAACAAAGCCAAUCUGUUAAAUGUGCCCAAAUAUAAAUGAUAAUGAUAAAUCCUAAUAUCCUGUAUAUUAGGAAACAUUUUAAUCUGCAGCUUUAGUUAAAUUUAUAAUCGGCUAUUUUACGAUGACUCAUUUGAAGUGAUCAUUUUGCUCUGUCAGUGUACCCCAGUUCCAGUGUAACACAGCUGGUCUGGUCUGUGAACCAGGAAGCCAGUGGCAUGUGAUUUGCAUGGCUGAGAGGUGUGUGCAGAGGAGGGGAAACACCGAGCUCAGCCCGGGCACACACACAUCCGUGGAGCGCGGUUUAUUUCCAGCAAGAACACAUUUUGUGAUCCAAGUUCCUCAUUUUGUUUUCACACUAGUUUUUUGAUGUGCAGACAUUCUGAACAGAUGUGUUAUCUCGUUGAAUGAUUAGAGCUAUGCGAAAGGCAGUUCUAGCAUGCCCCUCAAUUAAAAACUGCGAGCUAUGCCUCACACUCUAUUACAUCUUGUUCUUUGCCAUCCUUUUCUGAUACAGGAGCACAUUUUGUGUGUGUUCAUUGAUUUGUGAUAGCUAAGAGUUCAGAGCCUAUAUAUAUAUAAAGAAUAAGUUGACCUUGAAGAAUGCAUGUCACUGUGUGAAAUAUACUGUACAUAUAAAUAUAUCUGUGCAUUUGAAAAUGUAAUAAACCAUUAAUUGUA